GUUUGGUUUCUCUGACGCGUGUGUCAGUCCUCUGACGGCACCUGCCCCCUUAUAAGCCUCAGUAAGUCACCCGGGAGACCUCCACCAACGUUUCAUUUAACUGUUCCUCGCGGUGCAAAGGAUUGGACGAGGCUCUUAAUAAACCGUCCAACUGUUCUGCUCACUGUUUCCUGCCUCCGGUGCCCCAGCACAUGACUCUAGAAAUACUUGAGGUCUCCAUGCCCUCCCGUUCCUAGCGGCAGACCGGUGCGACAAUGACCAUCCAUGUAGAGGGGCUUGUGGCUAUCGCGGUCUUCUAUCUGCUCAUCCUGUUCGUGGGCAUCUGGGCGGCAUGGAAGAACAAACACUCCGGGGAGGCGGAGGGCACCGACCGCAGCGAAACCAUCAUGGUCGGAGGGAGAGACAUUGGACUAUUUGUGGGUGGAUUUACCAUGACAGCGACCUGGGUUGGAGGAGGAUAUAUAAAUGGCACAGCUGAGUAUGUGUAUCUGCCUGAUUAUGGCUUGGCUUGGGCUCAGGCUCCCUUUGGAUACGCCCUCAGUCUUGUUGUAGGUGGUCUUUUUUUCGCCAAACCCAUGCGCUCACGAGGUUACGUCACCAUGUUGGACCCGUUCCAGCAGCUGUAUGGGAAACGUAUGGGUGGCCUCCUCUUCAUACCUGCACUCAUGGGAGAGAUCUUCUGGUCCGCUGCCAUUUUAUCCGCACUUGGUGCUACUCUGAGUGUCAUCGUGGACAUCAACAUUAAGAUGUCAGUGGUUAUCUCAGCACUUAUUGCAAUCUUUUACACCCUGGUGGGAGGACUUUACUCUGUGGCCUACACUGAUGUCGUGCAGCUCUUCUGCAUCUUUGUUGGUCUGUGGAUCAGCGUACCUUUCGCUUUGACCAACCCUGCGGUGUCGGACAUUACCGUUACUGCAGUGAAGCAUGUGUACCAGUCGCCCUGGAGAGGCAGCAUCAGCAAGGGCAACACCUGGGUCUGGAUCGAUAACUUCUGCCUCCUGAUGCUCGGAGGAAUACCCUGGCAGGUGUACUUCCAGAGAGUCCUGUCUGCCUCCUCGGCCACCUACGCUCAGGUCCUCUCCUUCCUGGCUGCUUUCGGGUGCCUGGUCAUGGCUGUGCCCUCCGUUCUCAUCGGGGCCAUCGGGGCCUCCACAGAUUGGAACCAGACCAGUUAUGGAAGCAUUCCUCCUAAAGACAGGGAGCAAGCGGACAUGAUUCUACCCAUCGUGCUCCAACACCUCUGCCCACCAUUCGUCUCGUUCUUCGGCCUGGGUGCGGUGUCCGCAGCUGUCAUGUCAUCAGCAGACUCAUCCAUCCUCUCCGCGAGCUCCAUGUUUGCGAGGAACAUCUACCAGCUCGCCUUCAGACAGUCGGCGUCUGACCGUGAGAUCGUGUGGGUGAUGCGUAUUACUAUCUUUGUAUUUGGCGGCCUUGCCACGUUGAUGGCGCUGGUGACUGGUACAGUUUACGGCCUGUGGUACCUGAGCUCAGACCUGGUUUACGUCAUCAUCUUCCCCCAGCUGCUCAGUGUGCUCUUUAUCAAAGGCACCAACACUUACGGUUCUGUGGCGGCCUACCUGUUCGGCAUGGUGCUGCGUAUAGGCGGAGGUGAGCCCUACCUGAAGCUGCCUCCUUUCAUUUAUUACCCUGGCUGGACCACUGAGCAGAGGAUGCACCCGCUGACUGGAGAAAUGGAGGAAUUCGUCAUCCAAAAGUUCCCCUUCAAGACCGUCUCCAUGCUCGCCUCCUUUCUUGGUAACGUUGCUUUCUCCUACUUGGCAAAGUACCUGUUUGAGAGCGGCAAGAUUUCACACAAAUACGACUUUCUCGAUGCGGUGGUGUCCAAGCACAGUGGAGAGAUUAUGGAUAAGACGACGCUUGUGACUCGUGGCAACAACAUCGGGCUGUCGGAGAUGGCGCCCGUCAAACCGCGGCUGAGCGUGACCUUGGCGGCCGCCUUCACGCGCCGUGACACGCUGCCAACAGAAAUGGUGGAGGAGGAGGAGGAGGAGUCUAGCCCUGAUUCCUCCCACCAUGAUGAAGAAUGACAGACGCAGGAUGUGACAUAAAAGGUAAAAAAAGACUGAACACGUGAGUGAACUGCCAGAGAACUGGAUAAUCUGUCAGAUCUUCCAAAAGGAAGCAAACAUCCUCCCUUGGGACUACAAGGUACCACAUCCAGCUGAUUGGAUAACAGCCACGUGUCAGGAUAUAUAGUGUAGCAGCUUGCUGAUUGUUCGGACAUGAAGCUCUCUUUCUGUGAAGUUCAUCAAACAUUCACUCAUAUAGCACUAAUAGAUAGUUGAGUGUACUAUAUUAUAUAUUCAUCCUUUUUUUUAACUGCUUUGGAGAUAUAACUACUUAAACGAGCUGUACACGACAUUCAGAACAUUAAUAUAGCAGUAAACAACUUCUCACUAUGUGAAGAUAAAGUGGAGUAAAGGCCAGAGAAUUAAGUCAGUGUUUGUGUUUUAAUCUGAGCUUCUCUGUUAUUUGUUGACAACAAACAACAACAAAUUGUUGUGGUAGCCGGUCCAGCGGCGAGUCCCUGUAUGUGUCCCGCUCACCGCCUCUCUGCGAUGCUCUCAACGGCCGUUAUGGUUGAUAACGCCUUCCCGACCCACAACAUUCACUGGCUCAGCAGCCGCCAUGUUGAGAGUCUUGUGCAGGCAAUUCAUUUGCUCUGAAUUCCGUGUACAGCAACUUUAAAGAAAAUUGUCUUAAUUUGAUUAUUUUUACUUUUUAUCAUGAAAGAAAAUGCAGAUCAAACUGCAGAUGAGUGGGGAUGCUGCAUGCAGUUUCUACUGACUGGUGAAAUAUUUGAUCAGAAACAUCACAAAGAAUGAAACAGAAUUGAUUGACAGCACAACCACAGCUUGGAAGAAGGGUAUACAGUACAGUAUGUACCAAUUAGUUAAAAGCAAUAACCAUAAAAAUAGAAUGAGAGAAGAAUGGAUAUUGCACUGUUUGCCUAUUUUCGUAAAAGCAAUAAUGUGUUGUAAUGUGUGUUGGCAGCGCCAGAGACAACUGGCUGGCCAGUUAGCUAGCUAGCACUGCCGUCCGCUCUCCUUCCAGCAAAGAAGUUUCCUCGCAGCAGAGAGUGAGGCAGAGGGACAGUUGGACCCAACGCUGCCGCUGGCCAUCAGCCCACUGUUAGGCUAAUUUUCUGUAACCAGUGAAGAAUAAAAGCUUGGUGGAAUCAG